GUCGAGUCUGACCCCGUCGUGCAGUGGCACACCAGGAACUUCGGGGUGCUCAAAUUGAUCUUCUGCCUGGUGGUGCCCACACUCGUCCCCGUGCUUGGCUGGGGCGAGCCGUGGUACGUCGCGAUCCUGGGCUGCAUCUGUCGACUCGUCUACACCGUCAACUGUACUUGGCUGGUGAACAGCGCCGCCCACCUCUACGGCACCCACCCCUACGACAAACGCAUCAACCCGACUGAGAACGCCGUGGUGUCUGUCUUGGCCGUGGGCGAGGGCUGGCACAACUACCACCACAUCUUCCCCUGGGACUACAAAGCGGCCGAGCUCAAGUACCUCAACUUGACCACUCUCUUCCUGGACCAGUUCGCGCGCAUCGGCUGGGCCUACGACCUCAAGUCGGCGUCGCCCGACCUGGUGGCGAGGGUCGCGCUCCGUCACGGGGACGGCUCGCACUACAAGCACGGCGUCGAAGAACACCUGCAAGAGGUGCCGUACGACGAGUACCUGCGCAUCGCGAGGGAAAACGACGACUCGACGGGUGUCCGGGACCUGCACAACGCUGAGGACCCGACCAGGCAGCGGGGGGCGUCGUGGACGGGCCGUGAACGGUCCGGGACGGUCCAAGCCACACAGAGAAGCAUGAUGGAAAUGAUGCCACUUGGAUGUGGUUUGUGUGGGUCGGAAAGUGGAUGCUUUUUAUGUCGACGCCACUUAUUUAUUUAUCUGACACAAUGUUUCGAAACAUGUCACAAUAUUUGUUCGAGAAUCUGAAACAAUCAGAAACAAUCACUCACAAUCAUAAUCAAUCAUACACAAUCUGAAACUAUCACUCACAAUCAUAAUCAAUCAUACACAAUCUGAAACUAUCACUCAUAAUCGGAAACAUUCACACACAAUCAGAAACAAUCACAAACCAUCGGAAACAUCCACACAAAAUUGGAAACAAUCACUCAAAAUUUUAAACAAUCACAAAAUCGGACACAAACAUAACACUAUUUUUAAAAGUUUGUCUUAGUAUUGACCCAACAUUCUUAAACAGUCGCAGAGACAAUCAUCGACACAACCAUACACAAUCACAUUCAAUAUGCAACAAUGCUUGCCUAGACACAAUCAUGUGUACACUUUACUAAAAAUUACUCAAAAUGAGUCAAUAAGUUAGUUUUCUGAAAAAGGGGAAGGGGGGGGGGGGCAAUUUGGGCUAGGCGACAGGGAUAAGAAAUUAAGGUCGAGACUGAUGUACUCUUGACCAUGUUAAUUGGAUUUUCUUUCGUGGAUGUCAUAACACCACUGUUGACUUUUUGGCACCCGAGUCAAAUCAAAUUGUCAUCACACUUUUACUUGCCUGUGAAUCAAGUCCAUAUUAGCUCGUUUUACGUUUUAGCUCGUUUGCUACUGCCAGAGAUGACUGCAGCCGCAGAGGUCCAAUGUCGGACUUUUUGUCGAUCGCCGCAAAAUCGACGUUGAUUCUCAAAGUGGCAGCAGCUAGCCCGGUUAAAGGGGAAUGAAUAACCAUGUCACUGUUCGGCCGCGCCGACCGGCUCCCGGCCAGUCCCACGAGCCCAUGUCAAUGGCGAACCCAGAAAACUGUGGGAAUCGAGGGGGAAAAUAGCACUGAUUCACUCGACUGCCGAGCCGAAGUGCGCUGGGGAGGAAAACGAGUACAGUUUGUAUCGGGAAUCCUUUUUUUUCUCUCGGCUCAAACAUCAGCACUAAUCUCUCAUGCUGCCGUGAAGUCAUUUACAGUCCUUGGACUACGUAUUGAGUGUCACGGCUUGCCAAAACUUAUAGUGCGAAUAACGCCGUUCAAAAAAAACUAAUUAAAAAGCACCUUUCGGAUUUACUCAAAGAGUAGUAGCCUCCAAAUGAGGCAUUUUAUUGGAGUAAAGAAGAUCAGGAAGAACAUGCCAGAACAUCACAAGCCUUGAAUUUGUUUUUCAGAAAUCGUCUGCAAAAACAAUUGAAAAUUAGACAACUUCCGAAGAACAAUUGAAGCCUUGUGAUGUUCUGCCAGAUCUUCUUUACUCCAAUAAAAUACCUCAUCCACCACAACGUUACGUCAAUAACAAAAGCCCCUUAAAGACUUUCUGAAAGUGCUCGCCUUGGCCGAUUUAUGAUUUUGUUAUUAAGGGUACUUGCACUAAAAUGUUCCAAACUCAAGAACACACUUUUUUUUGUGAAUUUUGAAAUACAUCCUCUUGCCCAACUUA